AUGGCCGCAGCAAAGCUCAAGAUUGGCGUCGCGGGCCUCGGGAGGAUGGGCAAGCGACAUGCCCUCAACUUCUUCCAGUCGGUGCCGCGCGCCGACCUCGUUGCCGUCUCUACCCCCGACGCUCAGGAGAGAGAAUGGGCCAAGGAGCAGCUGGCCCCCUCGGGCGUCGCCAUCUACGAAAAUUAUGACGACCUGCUGAGGCAUCAGGGCCUCGAGGCCGUCUGCGUAGCGUCGGCCACGGCUGUCCACGCCGACCAGGCCAUUGCCGCCAUCAACGCGGGCAAGCACGUCUUGUGCGAGAAGCCCCUGGCCACCACGCCCGAGGUGUCGCAAACCGUUGUCGACGCCGCUGCUCGUCGCCCCGAGCUCAAGGUCAUGUGCGGAUUCUCAAGGCGCUUCGACGAGAGCUAUCGCGACGCUUAUGCCAAGGUCCAGGCCGGGCUCAUCGGGAGGCCGUCUGUCUUCCGCAGCCAGACGUGCGACAUGCUGGACCCGUCGGGCUUCUUCGUCGCCUACGCCCAAUUCAGCGGCGGCAUCUUCGUCGACUGCUCCAUCCACGACAUUGACCUGGCCCUCUGGUACUUUGGCGAGGACGGAGACAGCAAGGUCCGGUCUGUGAGCGCCGUGGGCAUUACGGCCGUCGAGCCCGACCUGGCCAAGUACAACGAUCGCGACAACGCCCUCGGCCUUGUCGAGUUUGCCGACGGUCGCAUCGUCAACCUCUACUGCUCGCGCAUGAUGGCCGCCGGCCAAGAGGACACGACGGAGAUUAUCGGCACCAAGGGCAAGCUCGGCGUCAACACUCAGCCCACGGCCAACCUGGUGCGCAUCCACGAGGCCGGUGGCAUCCGCCAAGAGGUGCCCCAGACUUACUGGGAUCGCUUCAAGAAGGCCUUUGCCACCGAGGCCGUCGAGUUUACCGACUGCUGCCUCAACGACACGCCGGUCCCCGUCAAGCUGCAGACGGCCGUGGCCGCGGUCAGGAUCGGGGCUGCUCUCCAGGAGUCCAUGAUCUCGGGCCGCAAGAUUUACUUUGACGGCAACGGCGGGCGGGCGGACGAGCCGCGGUCUUAG